CUCGAACAGUCCUCCGUUGAAUCCCCUUCCUCCGCCGUCGCCGGAGGUAAACCUUUCACUCUCUCUGUUUGUUUCUGUCGAUGUCUUCGCUGAUUUUGUGCCUGCCUAUGCAUCGAUUGCACAUUUCCAUGGAGAUUCUUUGUCUUCAACCGUUUUUCUUCGGUUUCUGCCGUCAUUGCUCUUUGAUUGGAUUGAAGCAAUCGGGAUAUGAGUUUGGGACGAUUUGAUGGAAGAUUUUCUACCACCAAGUAGUGGAUGGAGUGAUUGAACGCGCAUAUGGAGUCUGGAUCAUAGUUGCGCAACUAGACAGUAAAAUGUGAUUAAAUCGCGUAGAAAUUCUCCCAGGAAGUUUGUAGAAAGGUUUGAAGAACGGGAACGGGAAUCGAUGAACCCAUUUGACGAAUUAGGCCAUGGCAUGUGGGACUGAGUCUCUGAAACUUCCAACUUCCAAGCUUAUGCAAUUUAGCCCUUUGACUGUUAUGACUUUCUACUAAUUUAUGAGGUUGAGAGGAUCUCCGGGCCUGGUGAUCAGUAGAUUCAGUACGUCACUUCAGCUGCAAAAAUGAUUCUUCAAGUGUGUCUUCUCAUCGUUUACUAUCUCCAGCUGUUGCUCUUAUAUUAUUCAAUUAGACUAGGACUUAGAGAAAAACCUCCUUCUUCCCCCGGCAAUGGUGUCCAUCGACAUGCCUGCUGACCCCUCUGAAGUCCUUCUCAUAUUGCAGCAGGCCUUUACUUUAAUGUUUAUCUUCCUUCAUUCCAUGAGGAAAUAGAUCUCACACUGAGCAGGUUAUUUUAACCUUGAAAACCUGCCUGUGAAAUCUUGUGGUUGUUGUAUCUGGAAAUAGUGCAUCUCUUGGGACUCAUGGGUCCAUAAGGAUAGCCUUUUUCCUUCUCUUUUUCUCCCCCUUUGAAUUUUCCUAAUGGUGCUGAAUCUUCAAUAGUCUCUUCAUUCAAAUUUCAAAGUUCAAAUGCCAAAAGCAUUUGCCUUUAUCUCGCCCACCAAAAGCAAAAGAUUCUCUUCCCAACCUUCCUCUGCAUUUUCCACGGAGAAAGAGGCCGAGAGAAAAAAGUUGCAGACUGACAAUGGAGAUGGAGAACAUAAGAAAUGGAGGAAUCCCAAUGUAUGAUGGGAAAUAUAUCAUGUACGAUGUUCUAGGUAACAUUUUCACGGUCACUUCCAAGUACAUUCCUCCUAUACAGCCUGUUGGCCGUGGCGCCUACGGUAUUGUAUGUUGUGCCACAAACUCGGAGACCAAAGAAGAGGUUGCUAUAAAGAAGAUAGCGAAUGCUUUUGAAAACAGGAUUGAUGCUAAGAGAACUCUCCGGGAGAUCAAACUCCUCCUUCACUUGGAUCACGACAAUAUAAUCAAAAUCAAGGACAUAAUACCACCACCAGAGAAGGACAGGUUCGAUGAUGUCUACAUCGUUUAUGAAUUGAUGGACACUGAUCUGCAUCAGAUCAUACGCUCAAGCCAAGCUCUAACCGAUGAUCAUUAUCAGUUCUUCCUGUACCAAAUUCUACGAGGUCUGAAGUACAUUCACUCAGCAAAUGUACUUCACAGGGACUUAAAACCGAGCAAUUUGCUCUUAGAUUCGAACUGUGAUCUCAAAAUUUGUGAUUUCGGGCUUGCAAGGACGUCAACAGAGACAGAUUUAAUGACUGAAUAUGUUGUGACACGAUGGUACCGAGCACCCGAGUUGCUGCUCAACUGCUCGGAGUACACAGCCGCUAUUGACAUCUGGUCUGUUGGUUGCAUUUUCAUGGAGAUACUCAGAAGAGAGACGCUUUUUCCCGGUAAAGACUAUGUUCAACAGCUGAGACUUAUAACUGAGCUACUGGGUUCACCAGAAGAACCUGAGCUCGGCUUUCUGAGAAGCGACAAUGCCCGGAAGUACAUGAAACAACUUCCACGUGUCCCGAAGCAGUCAUUCAGACAAAAAUUCCCAGACAUAUCUCCAGUUGCUCUUGAUCUUGCUGAGAAGAUGCUAGUUUUCGAUCCUUCCAAACGCAUCACAGUGGAGGAAGCACUGAACCAUCCAUACAUGGCCAGUCUCCACGAGAUCAAUGAAGAACCUACGUGCCCGUCUCCUUUCAACUUCGACUUUGAGCAGACAAACUUGGACGAACAAGACAUCAAAGAGCUUGUCUGGAAGGAGUCUUCACUCCUCAACAAUCUCAAUGCAACAACCGAUAACAAGUAAUCUUUCACGCAAUCUUCUCUUCUCCACUGCAUUAUGAUCCAAAAUCUCCGCGAGGGAGCAGGGUUUGCUCUUUUUUUUUCGAUAAAGAGUUCUAGUAAAUAUGAGAAAGAUGAAUAUGGUCAUGGAAUGGUAUAGAAGACGAUACAAUGAAGUCUAUUGGUACAUUCCUCGAGUGGAAUAAAACAAUUGCUUAGAACCCUCCAAAGCACAACGCUUAAGGAGAAGAGACUGAGCCUUUGAAUGUGUUUUAUUAUGUAUGAACCCGGGAUUGGUUCAUUGAGAGCGAAAUUUUUGUUGGCAAAUAGGACACAGACAUAUAUAUAUGUGUGUGUGUGAGGAAGAUGAGGUUCUCUUCCCCAUAUUAUGAUUGUUUUGGUCAUAUGGUUGUUUUGUCCUUUAGAUAUGAAUAUAUAUCAUUAUUC